AUGAAUUAUUUUGAAAAGUUGCCAGAAGGUUGCAUCUUUGAAAUAAUUUCAAGAACAACUCCAGCAGAUGCAGUAAGAUCAACAAUUUUAUCAACAGGAUUCAAAUUUGUUGCAAAAUUCAAUGAAAUUUGGGGAAGAUUUUUGCCUUCCGAUUACCAAAAAAUAAUUGAUAGAUCUAAGCUUCCUCUGACUUGCAACACCAAAAAAGAGCUCUUUUUUAGUCUAUGUGAUUCUCCCAUCCUCCUUGAUAGCGGCAGACUGAGUUUUUUUAUCGAUAAGCACAGUGGGAAAAAAUGUUUUAUGAUAGCAGCAAGAAAGCUUGAAAUUUUGGGGAGUGAUGACAUACACUCUUGGCAAUGGAAGAAACACCACGAUUCCAGAUUCUCGAAAGUGGCAUAUCUUCACGCUGUACUUCAGUUGGACAUUCGUGGAAAAAUAGGAACAAAAAUGUUGUCACCAAAGACAGAUUAUGGUGCUUAUUUGGUGUUCAAAUUGGGAAGAAGGUCCUGUGAACUUGAAUAUGCUAAUUCAAUUAUUAGGUUUGUUAAAUAUGAGAGUGAUACUGAGACUGAAGAACAAGCCAACACUUUGAAACUUGUGACAUCGGCAAAACUGAGAGGAGAUGGAUGGAUGGAAGUAGAACUGGGACAUUUCAAUAGCAAGGAAGGUAGUGAUGGUCCUGUCGAAGCAAGAUUGUUUGAGAUGAAACGUAGUAGUAUCAAAAGUGGCCUCAUUGUGGAAGGAAUAGAGUUUCGUCCCAAAAUAAUCAAAUGCAGGUUGUCAGAGGCGGAUUUGGAAUUUUAA